AUGCUCCGAACAUCCAUCCUACGCACUCUCACACGAUCAAAGUCGACGCUCGCACGUUCGGCGGACGAAACGGGUAGCGCGGCGGCGGCUGUUGCGUCGCGGGAAUCUUCAUCAGCUGGAGGGAGCGGGGCGUCGUCUGCGUCAACGGACCGCACCCUCCACGCCGCAGAUCCCUCCAAAGUCCACUCCGACUCUCACACGCCUCACGACCGUCGCCCUCGCAAAGAUCCUGCUGAAGCGUACAAGCAGCUUUUGGAGGAACGGUUUGGUGGAGGAGAUGCGGCGGCGCUGGGGACGCUGGUUGAUGGCAAGCCGGAGGGGUUGGCGCCGAAUGUCAAGAGAAACAUGUUCCGCCUCAUUUGA